AUGGAGGAAGUUUGGACCAGUACGACCGAUCCGAAAGAGAAGAAAAGAAUUCAGAAUCGCGUAGCUCAACGCGUACACCGGGAGAAAUUAAAGUCACGCAUCCGCCAGCUAGAGGAGCAGCUUGAUAGCCUUGCCGGCGCUUCGAUACAAAAUGAUACAUCGAUGCCGUUGUCCUCCCAUAACGAUCCAACAUUGUCAUUCGCAAUACCGGGAGUCUUGCCGACAAUAAACCCCGAGCCCAUAUCAGACAGAUUGGGUACAAGUUCCAGCUACAUCACAUUUGUUGGCAAUCAUACUCCGAAGUCACUCCUGGGGUCCGACACCGCGGUCGAAUCAGGUUUCAACGCAAACCCACAAACCAACAUUGUAGCUCAGCUGGACUCACUAUCCCGAGCUCCAGUCGAAGUUCAACCUAUAGACCUUGAAUGGUUCCUGGCAGAUUCGGGAGCAUUGGAAACCGUGCUAGAACGCACACGAGUUCACUCACCGUCAAUGGGAAGAGGACACAAAAACCCAGAUCACAGCCAAAGCCCGUCAAGUACAUCGCUUCCACGACAUCUUGGUUCAUCGGAUCACGUUCGGGUCGGUGGCAAUAGCGGUCAGUCAGCUCACAAGAUGACAACAGCACCCAUGGCACAAGAUGCCGGACACGAAGCAUUGCUAAAAUCCGAUGUCCCAAGACUGGAGCGACUCAGUCUUCUAGUGGAAUGCAGCAGACGUCUCGGCUUCAGCAAUUUGGACGAAGCGUUGUCAGUGUACUAUACUUCCGACCUGAGCAAAUCGACAAUAUUGUCACAUGAGCAGUCACUUAAUCGGGUCAGACAACUCCCCAACUUCCUUUCUAAUAUCAGAGAACAUUCGAAACAAUGGCCGACAUGGGAGCGGGCAAAUUACGUGAGAGAGACGCUGAAAAGUGCGGAAGACAUAUACGCCGAGGAAUGUAGACUGGCGAGGAUGAAUCUGCGGGAUCAAGGCGUCGUAGGCCUGACACAGAAAGAAUUCCAGGUUGAUCAGAUGUUUCAUAUCACACGUGUUUUACAGCAGGAGAUUCCAAAUACCUGGGCCUUGAUCACAAGCAUCAUACUACAUACCGUUAUGCCUGGAGAGCCUCAACGACCACAAACCAUCUUGAUGGUUAUGAUGCUUCUCUGUUACCGUAGUCAGGAUCCUAUCACUACACUUGGUCUAUGCCAGGAGUACCUAUACCAACAUGAUAGUACGAGCGAUAAUGGGUCUAAUCUUCUCCGUUAG